UCAAGCGCUCUGAUUGGCUAGAGGGAAGACGCGUCCGCCUCCGUGGGGCUGAGCUCUCCGGGAUGGAGGAGACCGGGAGCUGCAGCUGCGGUAUCGGCACACCUGGACGCUGGCCUCGGCAGAAAUCCCAAGAGCCAUGUUGUCAGAAGCCCUGCUGGUAUCCGCUCCAGGGAAAGUCAUCCUCCAUGGAGAACAUGCUGUAGUCCAUGGCAAGGUAGCCCUGGCAGUGGCCUUGAACUUGAGAACGUUUCUACUGCUUCGACCACAGAGCAACGGGAAAGUGAGCCUCAACUUACCAAACAUUGGUAUUAAGCAGGUGUGGGAUGUAGCCGGGCUUCAGCUGCUCGACACAAACUUUCUUGAGCAAGGUGAUGGUCCGGCACCCACCCCAGAGCAACUGGAGAAACUGAAGAAGGUGGCAGGCCUACCUGAGGACGGUGUCGGCACCGAGGGCCUGGCCGUGCUUGCCUUUCUAUACCUCUACCUGGCCAUCUGCCGGAAGCAGAGGGUACUUCCGAGCCUGGACAUUGUGGUUUGGUCAGAACUGCCACCUGGGGCAGGCUUGGGCUCCAGUGCUGCCUACUCGGUGUGUCUGGUGGCUGCCCUCCUGACUGCCUGUGAGAAUAUCACCAAUCCCCUCAAGGACAGGGAUGCCAUCAGCAGGUGGUCUGAGGAGGACCUGGAGUCGAUUAACAAGUGGGCCUAUGAGGGAGAGAGAGUGAUCCAUGGGAACCCCUCUGGAGUAGACAACGCUGUCAGCACCUGGGGAGGAGCCCUGCGAUACCAGCAAGGGAAGAUGUCAUCCUUGAAGAGGCUCCCGGCCCUGCAAAUCCUGCUCACUAACACCAAGGUCCCACGGAGUACCAAGGCCCUCGUGGCUGGCGUCAGAAGCAGGCUACUCAAGUUCCCUGAGAUUGUGACCCCGCUCCUGACCUCGAUUGACGCCAUAUCCCUGGAGUGUGAGCGUGUGCUAGGAGAGAUGGUGGCAGCUCCAGCCCCGGAACAGUACCUUGUUCUAGAAGAGCUGAUAGACAUGAACCAGCACCACCUGAAUGCCCUGGGUGUGGGCCACACCUCCCUGGACCAGCUCUGCCGGAUCACAGCGGCACACGGACUUCAUAGCAAGCUGACAGGCGCAGGUGGCGGUGGCUGCGGCAUCACCCUCCUAAAACCAGGGGAAACUGAGGCUCAAAGAGGUUACCUGUGCCCAGAGCAGCAGACCCAGGCUUCAAAUCUUGUAACAGCAGCUGCCGAAGCCGGGGUUCCCCGGUCACUUUCUAACAGGUUAUCUCCAGCCAUCUGCCUCAAAGAACAGAGUCUGUCAAGACCAUCCCCCAACACAGCCACAAAGAUGCACGCGGUGGAUAGGGACAUUGAGGCAGACACGGAGCUGGGGAAUGACCCUUUCCUGGACACAGUGUGUUUGCAAUAAGCUGGGAUGUUAGCCCAGGCUUCCCAGAGGAUUGAGGACACAGAGCUCAGCCAGACCUAAGGCCUGGAAAAAGGGCAGAAGCUAACAUAACCUUGCUUCCCUCAGCUGUUGUCCCUCCACUGCAGCCCUCUGUGCUCACCAGAGUCAGCCCCAAAGGGCAGAAAGCUACUAGAUGCAGGAGUCAUGUGACGUUUUGGCAUGUGAGGCAUAGAUACCGAGUUCAGGGCUUCCCACCUGUCUCACAGAGUUGAAGAGUGCACUAUUCAGGGAGCUGCUUUCUGCACUGCUGUGUGGCCCAGGAAAGUGCCUUGCCCUCUCUGGGCCCCGGUCUCCCUGCUAUUUCUGAGGGUUUGGUCUCCAGUCCCAGCCUGUGUCCUGGCCUUGAUUUCCAUGGCUUCUAACAUAAACCUGAGAAAUCUGCUCAGAUGCCUUACACCCAAAGUUUCCAGCCUAGCUGGAAAAGGGGCAAUGGGUGCUGCCUGACCUUAGCCCCAGCCAGCUGUUAUCCUGGAGUAGGGGUGAGGCUGCUGCCCAUGCCUUUCUGUCAGGUCAGGUCCCGGUGUUGAACUUGGCUUCUUCACACACCUUAUAAAGACCAGUCAGCUCCA